UCAGCCGAGGAGGCUUCUGGGAAGGGGCGGGAUGGCGCAGGCGCUUUCGGGACCCAGAGGCUCCCGGAGCGUAAACAAGGCGCUGCCGUGAGGGAUGAGGAGGCGGCCGGAGCCGAGCGGGGCCGGGAGCCGCCGAGGCUGAGCCUCUCUCCUUCCCCGGCCGGCCGGGGGCCCGAGGAAGCGCCAUGAACUUGGCCAGUCAGAGCGGCGAGGCCGGCGCCGGCCAACUGCUCUUCGCCAACUUCAACCAGGACAACACUGCUGAGGACAGCGAAUGUGGGAAGGGUCUGCUUGCGGGCAGGCGAUUCUUCCGCCUGAGGAGCUACGCUCACCCACCUUCUCCCAACUGCUCAUGUAGAAAUAGCUUUUAUGGAAAUGGGCAUGCAGAACGCAAAGGAACUGUUGUCUUUUCCAAAGAGGGCAACCAACUAUGGGGGACAGUGAUCCGGGUCUUUUCCAUUCCAGAGGGGCAGAAGCUCUUUGAAUUCCGAAGAGGAGUGAAGAGGUGCGUCAGCAUCUCCUCCUUAGCCUUCAGCAUGGACGGCAUGUUUCUGUCGGCGUCCAGCAACACGGAGACUGUGCACAUUUUCAAACUAGAGACUGUGAAAGAGAAACCCCAGGAGGAGCCCACAACCUGGACAGGUUAUUUCGGGAAAGUGCUAAUGGUCUCCACAAACUACCUGCCCGCCCAGGUCACGGAGAUGUUCAACCAAGGCCGAGCUUUCGCGACGGUUCGGCUCCCCUUCUGUGGGCACAAGAACAUCUGCGCGUUGGCCACGAUUCAGAAGAUCCCUCGUCUGUUAGUGGGAGCCGCAGAUGGAUAUCUUUACAUGUACAACCUGGACCCCCAGGAAGGAGGGGAAUGCACACUGAUGAAACAGCACAAGCUGGACGGGCAGCGUUACGGAGCCAGCCACACGAGAUUUUAGUCGGGCGCCGCGAUGAUCCGUCAGCUGGUAGCAUUGUGACUUACAUGUCUCACAGUGACUAAAGGUACUUAUGUGCCUUCUUCCCCUACAAGACAUGCCUACACCGAGGACCUAGGUGCAGUGGGUGGUGCUUGCCUCGAAGACGACUCCAGCACCCUGCGAUUGGACGAAGACAGCGAGCACCCGCCGAUGAUUCUCCGGACAGACUGAGCUCGGACUUGUAAGCCCAGCUCCAGAGGCGGGGAGCGAGUGCCAGCCCAGCCUUUCUGGAGGAUGCUCGCACCUGUGCUGCUACAAACUCCGACCUGGCUCGACAGAGACGAGAGAGAGGGCGACAGACUCUCAGAUAGUUCUAACAUCCGUGGAAAUAACCCCAUCCUAGCUGUCAAUGUCGAUUCGAGGAGAGGGGCGGGGCGGGGGUGGGGAAUUCAUGGUUUCGCUUGGGUGGCUUUUGAAGCCUGCUUUCUCUUUUAGCUGUGAGGAUAUAUCUCUACCUACAUAUAUAUAUAUUUUUUGCUCUUCCUGUUGCCAAAACCUGCGGCUUGCGCUUUCUCUGAACACUUCCUGGGUUUGCAUGCCUUCUUUGUGCCAAGCGAGCAGAUUCACUUUAUAAUAAACGUUUUCCAUUAAAAACAAAACAAAAAGAUAAAUAUAUGUGCAUAUAACACUCGGCCGGCCGCCCAUCCGGGAGCAGGGAGGUUUCGGUUCCGGGAUCCGCGGUUUGUUCUGCUCAGACAUUCAGGUCUUCGUGCAUGGCCUUGCGGGCGCACAUGGUGAGAGAAUGCAAUCUUUAGGACCUUUGUAUUCUUUUGGGCUUUCCCCCGCCGCUGGCACCCCUCCCUCCCAACCUCUUUCCGGUCACUGCCACCCCCUCCUUCUUUUCCUGGACCACUUUGUUAAUUAAAACUCCUUCUGAACGUUGCCUCUUUUGUUGGACUUGUCGUUGUGUUCUCCGGAGCUGGGAGAAGUCUCUGCUCUGGCUACUGUGCCUGCUUUUUCUUUCCUUAAGGAGACGGACAGAUGGCGCAGCACCAAGCGUAUGCUUUGGUAGGGGGAUCAGGAAGAAAAGCCUUCUCUUUGUCGGCUGUGUCAACUUUGCCGCCCAUCAACGGACCGAGCCGGCGUGUCGGGCGUCGAAGACAUCGCAUUACUAACCUGAAAGCAUGCUCCUCCUUAACCGCCAUCCUGCCUGAGAGCUCACUUAAAUCCUCGAAAAGCCAGGCGUCCGUGCUAACAGCUAGUCAGCAGUCCCUUCAGAAUCUGUAGAUCUGCUGUUAGGUUUUGCAGGUGAGCAGCAUUCCCCACCCCACCCCGCCAAGUUCUUCCAGGGUGGUAAAUGUUGACCCUCUGGUGACAGCUGAGGCAGUUCUCCUCUCCACUGCCCGUGAUUGGCUGCUGCUAAGAGGAAGUGCAGAACAGGAUAAUGUAGGGUGAGAGUCUGGAUUUUUUAAAAGUUGUCCAUAAUGAGGGGGAGAAUUAGAUGCCGGUCUGCUGCUCCCAGGGAGGAAGGGGGCAAUCUUAUAUUCCUCACGGUACGUAACUCCGCCCUUGUUCAAGAGCCAAGCAUUGUCCUUUGGAAUUCUGAGUGCCAGGUUGAGCCACCGCGUGUCCCCGUUUCGAGCUGUUCGCUCCCCACCUUCUCUUGCUCCACCUCUCCUGAGGUCUCUCUGUUGUACGUGUUGCGUCCCUUCCCACGUCAGCAGCCUCGAGCGGCGGUUCUUGAUCAUCGUAGAAGGGACGGAUCCUUUCCUGGAACUGCCUGGACUCUGGAAAAGAGUGACCAAAGUUGGGCGAAACUGCCACCCGCUUUUACAGAGCUGUAAUGUGCCUUUUUGGGGAGUUUGUGUUUUUUUUUAACCUUUUAGAUCUGUUUUGUUGAACAAAAACAAUGAUGUGUAAACCCUUUUGAGUAUGAACCUCUUGUUUCCUUAGAUUGUUAGCCAUCUGUUUUUUUUCCCAAUUAAAUUAUUACUCACUGUC